AUGUGCGCACACUUCCCCUCCAUGAUGCGCAAGCUCAUCCUUGGCGAGGCGCGCAAACAGCUCCCGGCCAAGACGCCUCUCGAUCCGCACUUUGUGCCGGCGUAUAACCCCUGGGAGCAGCGCAUGUGUGUCUCCCCGGACGGCUCCUUCUAUCGUGCGCUGCAUACCGACAAGGCCGACGUGAUGACUGGGACGAUCCGGACUGUGACGGCAGACGGAAUCCGACUCGAUGACGGGAGGACGCUGGAAGCGGAUGUUAUUGUGACCGCCACGGGCUGGACGAUGCAUUUCGCAGGCGGCAUACCGAUCACUGUCGACAAGGAGCCUGUGGCCUGGCCAAGCAAGCUGGUAUGGAACGGGUGCAUGGUCCAGGAUGUGCCGAACCUGUUCUUCGUGUGGGGCUAUACCAACGCGUCGUUGACGCUAUGUGCUGAGGAGACCGCGUUCAGUGCGUGCCGGCUGCUAAAGUCAAUGAUCGCUUCCGUUGCCCUCCUGGUGAGCGGCCUCGCCGCCACCGUGCUUGGCCAUGGCAUGGUGACAACAUUCAAGACCGACGGAGUUCAGAAUCAAGGUUUCAUCCUCGAUUAUUACUACGCCAAGAAGAACGGCCAACCCGUGCCUGAUAUCGCUGCGUGGUAUGCCGAGAACCUCGACAGUGGCUUCGUGGCGCCCAACAACUACGGCACGCAGGACAUCAACUGCCACAUCAAUGCGACUCCCGGCACGCUCUCGACGACGGUGUCGGCCGGUGGCAAGGUCGAAUUCGACUGGCCGGCUACGUGGCCGCACCCCUACGGGCCCAUCAUCACCUACGUCGCGAAGUGCGCGGCCGACUGCGCCAAGGCCGACAAGUCGCAGCUGAAAUGGGUCAAGAUUGAGGCUGUUGGCAUCAACUACAGCACGCAGAAGUGGGCGUCGCAGACCCUGAUCGACCAGGGCGGCAAGUGGACCACCACGGUCCCCAAGUCGCUGGCCCCCGGAAACUACGUCUUCCGCCACGAGAUCAUCGCCCUGCACGGCGCCGGCUCGCUCAACGGCGCGCAGAACUACCCGCAGUGCUUCAACAUCAAGAUCACCGGCUCGGGCACCGCAAACCCCACAGGCACUGCCGGCACGGCGCUGUACAAGAACACCGACCCCGGCAUUCACUUCAACCCUUACACCACAAUCACAAGCUACGCCAUGCCCGGCCCAACGCUGUGGACAGGUUAA